AUGAAUACUUAUCGUGCUCCGGACACACAGAAAGAAAUACACAGCUGCUCCGCGAUAUCUCCACCUGUAUAUUUAGUUGCAACUUCCAGUGAAAUAUUUCUUUGGCAUUCACUAAAUCACCAAGUAUGUUAUUUGCAUCAUCAUGACAAACAGAUUUAUGAAACGCUUACUCUCAGCACCGAAUUAAAAGCUGUCUGUGUUUCUCCAGAUCUUUCAAAAAUAGUUGUCUUAACUGGCGAUGGUAUUGUUCGUAUUCUUUCUUCAACACUUGAAACUAUAUCUAACUUUUCUCUGUACGAGGAAGGAUUCGGAUCAGCUCUACCAGUUUCUCUGGGUUGGGGUAAAAAAGAAACUCAGUUUCAUGGCUCGGAAGGCAAAGAAGCAGCUUUAGCGAAACAGAUUCUACCAGUUUCAAACAGUCAAUACGAUGACGGUCGUUUUGAAAUUGCUUGGCGUGAUGAUGGUCUUUAUUUCGCUGUAUCAUGGCUUGAUCCAUUGACAGAGAAUCGUAGACGUAUACGCGUUUACAAUGAUACUGGUGAAUUGUUUUCCACAACUGAAAUAACGAAUAUGAUUUCUCCGGGACUUUGUUGGAGACCUCGUGUUCAGCUAAUUACAACGACCCAACGACGCGAAGGUCAUGGAUUAGAUAUUAUAUUUUUCGAAUCGAACUCUCAACCUCAUGGAGAAUUCGAACUGAUUGGAGAUGAAUCUGAAAAGUUUUAUCAAGUGGAAUCUAUCCUAUUUAAUUCAACCGGUUCAAUUUUGGCAGUGCUGUGCAGGGGAACUCAAAACCACCCUUGGUUUAUUCGACUAUUAACUUGUUCUAAUUAUCAGUGGUCAAUAAAACAGCAUUUCUGUAUACCUGACAACUCACCGUUAAAUUAUAAUAAAAUUUCCAAUAUCUCAUUAGCAUGGGAUCAUCAUGCUUAUAGUACAGAUUUGUCAACUCUUUAUUGUGCUAUAUCAAUCAAUGAAUUGUUGUCUAAUGAAAAUCAAGUUAACGGCAAGACAUUGUUACAGUGUUGGAAAAUGAACAACAUGUAUAAUUCAUCAUGUAUAAUAACAAAUUCCAGUGUAAAUACAACAUCGUUGAAUUCUGGUCUUGUUGCUAUGAUCAAUGGAAAUACCGUUGAAAUGAGCUGUUUUGCUUAUUCAGUUAUUCCACCUCCAAUGUUUGCAGUACGACUGGUGUUUGAUUCAGAUGGUGCAGAUCGACCCGAUAAGACACCAUGUAAUUUCGUGCCAUUUGUUUCGUCUGUAUCUAUUCCCAGUUUAUGGUUGGAAGAUGAAUCGCAUUCGUCCAACGGUGUUAUGUCCAUGUUAGUUCAAACAGUUAACUGUCAGUCAUCAAAAAAAAUGUUCCCAAAUACUUAUUUCAUUACUAUUACAAAUGGAACCUCUUUAGAGAAGGAGUCAUUUUGUAAUGGUGAGGUGUACGCUGAAUGGCAUAAUGGACAACAGAAUAUUGUACCUUGGCCAAAAACUGUUGUUAAAAUCGACAUGGAUCAGUUGUUCAGUGAAUGCAAUGAAAAUGACGAAUCGUUGAAAUGUUCAAUUCUGAAUGAAUUUAAACAGAAAAAUAUUUAUUUAUUUAACUCAUUGAGUUGUUUCACAUGGUUAAGUCUAUAUGAAGUAUGCUUUAUUGCUGCAGAUGGUCUACUGUUAGGUUAUUUGAAUUUGAAAAAUCUAUAUGCUGAUUUUAAUGGUGAUGUAAAUGGACGUUGGUUACUCAAAGCAUCUUCUUUAUCUGGUCAAGGAUUUAAAACACUCAUUGCAAGAAAUGAUAGUAAAUUUGCCAGAAUAACUACUCUCUGUUCCACAAAUGAUGGACGUGUUUGUGUUCAAAUGUCCAAUGGUACUGUUUUUGUUUAUCCACUUCAAGAUCUAUUAAAUAGUAAUUGCUGUUAUGAAAUUAUACAAUCGAAUGAAUUCCCUAUGGAUAAUUUACAACAUUCUUCUUACAGUCCAUUAAAUUGUACAAUACAAUUUCCAUCUAAUUGUGAUCAAUUAUUAUGUAUACCAGUAUUUGAUCAAUACAAUAAUAAUACUAUUCCAUUGAAUCCCUCUAUAAUAGUCAAUUGUUCACAAUCAUAUUCUACUUUAAUUCUACUUGGUUUCAAUAAAUCAACACAUCGUUUAUUUGGUGCUGUAUUGCCAAAAAAUAAAAUGGCACAUUUUCAACAAAGUGAUAUUAUUGCAAUGAAUCUUACCGAUUGUUGUUCUUCAUUCAUUGGUUUAUCUGAUUAUUUGAUUGUAACUAGUAUAAAAAAACUUUUAAUCUGUGUCUCACUAUUAUUCAAUUCAUCUCAAAUUAAUGAUCCAAAUAGUCUUUUAAAAGAAUUACUUUCACGACUGAACAUUCCAUCAGAAUUAGACAUUAGUACAGGUAAACCGCCGCGUAAUUGGUAUAAUGACAAUUUACAUCCAAUUGAAUCUGGUUCAGUCAUAGUCACAGCGAUACCAAAUGACACGAAAGUGAUAUUACAAAUGCCACGUGGCAACCUAGAAGAAAUUCAUCCACGUGCUCUUGUACUGGCAUAUUUAUGCAAAUUAUUAAAUAGUAAACAAUAUGAACAAGCUGUUAAAAUGAUGCGUCGUCAUCGAAUCAAUUUCAAUCUCUUACAUGAUCAUAAUCCAAAUUUAUUUUUAUCAAAUAUUAAACAAUUUUUACAGUCAAUUGAAGAUCCUGAUUUGAUUACAUUAUUUAUAUCGGAUCUUGUUGAUGAAGAUGUAACAGAAACAAUUUAUCAUAAAUUUUAUUCUAAAUCUUCUGAGCAUCAUCAAUCAACUUCUACAGUUUCUAAACUUGAACGAAUAACUGAUAUUCUCAUUGACGAAAUGGAAAAGUAUAAUUCUACCAAGUUAAUUGUACCAAUAAUAACUUGUUAUGCAAAAAAAGUUCCACCAAACUAUGAAGCUGCAUUGUUAAGAUUAAAACGUUUACACGAAAACGGAGAUAUCAAUACCUGGAAUAGUGGAUUACGUCAUUUACAAUAUUUUGCUACACCAAUUGAAUUAUAUAAAGUUGCUCUAGGCACAUAUGAUUUAAAUUUCGCUACGACAAUGGCACAACGUACACAAUUAGAUCCAAAAGAAUAUUUAGCUGAAUUAAAUGAAUUGAAUUCUUUAACAAACGAUUUGGAAAAAUCUCAAUGUAAUACCAUUGAAGAAGCUUCGGCUUAUCAACGAUUUAAAAUUGAUCAUAGUUUGAAAAAAUAUUCAAAAGCUGUUUUACAUUUGAUCGAAUCUGGUUGUCAACACAAAGCUGAAUUGUUAUCUUACGUGAAAGCACAUCAUUUGUACUCACAAGUGACUGAAGUGUUACCACAAAAUUCUGAAGAAUUCAAGAUUAUUUGCCAAUUGUGGGCGGAUUAUUUAAUUUCUUCGCAAAAUUUAGUUUAUGCUGGUCAAAUUUACAUGAAAGGUGGAUUUUAUGGUUUAGCUGCAAAAGCAUUUUUAUCUGCAACUAAUACACAAUUAUGGUGUAUUGCAGCUGCUAACAGUCGACAAUUGAAUGAUAAAACUAAUACUGAUUUAUCUAAUGAUAACUAUUUAAGUAACACAGAGAUACGUACUCAAGCACAAAGGUUGGCAGCUCGAUUGAAAGAUCUUAGACGUCAUCAGGAAGCUAUUCAGAUAUAUAUUGACUUUUUAGAGGAUCCAAUAAUGGCUAUAAGAACAGCUUGUGAAAGUUUCCUAUGGAUGGAUGCUCAUCGAUUAGCAUUAUUAUAUAAUAAACAGGAAUUUUUAAAUCAAAUUCUUAAAUCAUCUCUAAUGCAACAUUAUUCUAUGUUGAAUGAACAAUUGACUAAAUCCAUUGAUACAUAUGAUAAACUAUACGAUCGAUUAAUUACUCUACGUCGAUUACAUAAAGAACAGGCAGAAACACAACGAUUUAUUCAAAUGCAUGGUGAUAGAGAAUAUUUUGAUGAUAACUUCUCUGAAUCCGAUAUCAAUUCAGAUACGAGUAGUAUGUCUGGAGAAAGUAUAACCAGUUCAAUGAGUCGAAUAAGUUUACGCACAUCAGCAUCGAAAAAAUCCGGGCGUUCAACAAAAGCUAAACGAAAACUAGAUGCAAAGAAAUGGAGUUCAAAACCAGGUAGUAAAUAUGAAGAAGUUGGUCUGUUGCAUGAAUUAACACAAUCAAUCGAAUCGGGUCAAUCACUUGCCAACGAAGUUAUGGAUUCACUUACGGAAUUUUGGCAUACAAAUAUGUUUGGAGAAGGUCGUACACUGAUACGCUCGACUAAUGAGUUAUUAAGGAAGCAGAAACAAGGACUGUCAUCUAUAUGGGAUGAUUGGAUAACUGGCAAAUGCACUGCAGAAGAUAAUGAGCAACAGUUUUUUGGCCGAAAAAGAUAUCCUAUUCAAGAAACAUUUUUGUGUUUCCCGCCAAAAAUGAAACGGACUAUUAUUGAAUGUUGUGUAUAUUGA